CGGCGACCAACUGCCGGCGGCCUUGAGCGAUGACUCGCUCCAAGGGGUCGCAAAAGACCUCCAUCAAGUUGGGCGCACGGAUUGACAAAGAUGUCAAGAUUGACCGACAGUCGACGACCUUGGACUUCAAAUCCGCAGCUGCCAUGCCAGAGUUCAACCCGGUGGAUCCAUUAGCACAUGUCAGCGGCAAGAAAGCUGCCACCACCUCGGGGAUGAAGACCAUCUUCGCCGCGGAGUCCUCGCUGAACGUCAACCGACGGAUCCGCAACGCCGCGGUGCCCCUGGGGUGCGCCGUGGAAGACGAUGCCGCUGUGGUGGAGGAGCUGACCCUCCAAGGCGUGGACCUCGAGAGGAGUCGGAAGCUGAUGCCUCGCCGACCCGCCUGGUCUUAUGAGAUCAGUAGUGGUCGAUUGCAUCAUCGAGAAGCUCAGAGCUUCAAGCAAUGGCUCACUGACGUGCAGGAUCUCAUCCAAGCCCGUGGUGGCUAUCCGCCAGCUUACGAGACCAAUCUCCAAGUCUGGCGUCAGCUGUGGCGCGUCUUGGAGCGCUGCAACGUGGCGGUGUGCGUCAUCGACGCGCGGCAUCCCUUGCUGCACCUGCCCCCUGCGUUGAUUUAUCACGUCAACCGAACCCUCCGGAAACCGUUGCUGGUGGUGCUCAACAAGUUGGACGCCGUGUCUGAAGAGAACGCCAUCUGCUGGGCCCAGGCCUUACAGCGGAUUCCGGGCAUUGCGGCAGUGCUGGGCUACUCCAAAGAGGAUCUGCGGCACCGGAACUUUGGGGAUUUGCAACUGGGAAAGGAGGCCUUGAUUGAAAUCAGCCACCGCGUCUACUCCGAAUGGCUUGCCUCCCGCCCAGCCGAGUCCACCGCAGCCACCAUUGAAGCCGCGGCCGCCCCGGCCGCCCCGGCUGGCAGAACGGCCGAGGCCACUGAGGCGUUCGUGGCAUCGGAGAAGUUCACGGGCGCGCGGACAGGGUAUUACUUUGGAACAGGUCCUGAGGGUACUGGAUUUUAUCCGGACACAGGUGAAAACCGGAGAUCUGCCAUGAAGUCGCCAAAAAGUGCUACAGAUCCAGAUGUGGAUGGCAAUGGUGGCGAUGGUAACGGUAGUGUGGUGCUGGGUUUGAUUGGUCAUCCUAAUGUGGGCAAGUCUUCCAUGGUGAAUCAUCUGAUGGGUGAGAAGGUGGUGAGUGUGAAGGCCACGCCGGGGCAUACCAAGAUCCUGCAGACGUUGCAGCUGAACGAAAACACCUGCCUCUGUGAUAGUCCUGGAGUGGUUUUUCCGCGAUUGGAGGUGCCGAGAGAAGCACAAAUUGUUGGUAUGUUAGUGCCUUUAGCACAAGUUCGCGAGCCCUUCAGCGCCAUCCGCUGGGUCAUGGAGCGGUCUGAGAAGCCGCUGGCGGAACUCUUGGGCUUGAAACCUGUGAAGUUGCGGCGUGUCCGCGAGUUAUUCGAAGCGGGUUUGGAGACCCUUCAACUUAAUUUGGUGGAAGCAGAGGAUGACGACGAGGUUGUUCCAUGGUCUCCCAUGUUACUCUGCGCUCAGCUUGCCACACAGCGUGGCUUCGUACAGAAUGGCCGACCAGACUGCAUGAAGGCGGGAACGGAAAUCCUCGAGAGAGUUCUUUCAGGCCGCAUUGCAUAUUCGGUGCCACCACCGGCGGCGACAGCCUCUGGCCCCAAGCCUCCAGAGGAUGGCAAUGACAGCGAUUGGAAUAUUUGUGAUGAAGAUUUCGAAAGUGAAGAGGAGGAGGAAGAAAUUGGAGACCGAGAUCUUCUUGAGCUUUUUGGCCAAGAAGCCACCGGCAUCGGCCGCUCCAGCAAGGCAUCCAUCAAACGCUUCAAGCGGCGUCAGAAGCUGGCAGAGAUUGCCGGUGAAGCGGAUCCGGCGCGGACCCUGCGGCCGUAUGCAGGGCGCUUGCAGGAAGUCGAAGCUGGAGCGAAGCCACCGAUUUGAGACAAGAUGUAUCAGAUAGAUUCAGAUAGCAACGUGUCUUGGGAAAAUGCCAAGUUGCUGGACACCGAUUUUCUUGGCGGUUUCAAAAUUCAAAUACCCUCUGGUAAUUUAACAUAGCUAUG